AUGAGGCUCUUAGCACUUGUUUAUUGCCUCUUAACUGUCUUCAGCAUUUCCCAAUGCGCAUUACUUGGGUUUGAUUACGGCGAGGAGUUCAGUAAAGCCAUGUUGGUCUCGCCACAUGCUCCCUUGGAACUAGUCCUAACCGCAGAUAGUAAGCGAAAGGAUGUAUCCGGAUUGGCUCUUAAGAAGUGGAGAUCAGACAUUGAAAGGGUCUUUGGCUCUGGAAUUGCGUCUUCGCAGGUAAAAACGCCCAAUGGCGCACUAUUACAUGUGAAAUCGCUGCUGGGGAAGCAAAUCGACGGAACGUUUAGUCAUUACCACAAGUGCCACCCUGGUGUUGUGUUUCAACCCACACCGCGUGACACAGUGGCAUUGGAAGGCUUGGGCUAUAGAUAUUCGGUAGAGGAGGUUUUGGCGAUGAAUCUGGAGGAAACGAUUGCGAGAGCUAACGCCCUCUUGCGAUAUGACAAGUCGAUUACUGACAGAGUUGAUUCCAUUGCGAUUACUGUACCGGAAUACUUUACACAAGGGCAGAGACACGCUCUCCUCACGACUGCCGAACUGCCUGCCGGAGUUCGAGCACAUCUGGUAAACGACGGUCUGACAGUGGCUAUCGAUUUUGCCGUCAAGCAAAGGAAUUUCCCUGCAGGUGAAAAGCAGCAUUUCAUUCUCUAUGAUAUGGGUAGUGGCUCGACGCGAGUCUCGCUGAUUUCCAUCGAGCAGCCCAUAAAUAUUUCAGAACCGUUGAUCUUGGACUUCAUUGGAUAUGGUUAUGAUGCAGGUCUUGGCGGCUCUCAUUUCACUUCCAACGUGGCAGACAUCUUAAAGAAUAAGUUCUUAGAACAAAAUCCUAGCGUAAGAACCAGCAGCUUGGAAAAGAACUCCAGAGCUAUGGUUAGGCUUCAACAAGCCGCCGAAAAAGCCAAAUUGAUCCUAAGUGCAAACGCUGAUGCGUCCGUCAACAUCGAGUCUUUGUACAAUGAUCUUGACUUCAAAACGUCGAUCACGCGCCAAGAGUUUGAAGAGUUUUGCGAAGACUUGAUUGUGAGAAUUAAUGCGCCGAUUUUUGAGGCCCUAGAAAACCAGUUUCUCGAAAGGGUUGACCUUAAAGAUAUUAAAUCUUUAAUUUUAACAGGCGGGGCCUCGAGGACGCCUAUGGUUCAAAAACAGCUCUCGGACUAUUUCGGAGAAGACGUCGUGGCGAAGAAUGUGAAUGCUGAUGAGUCUUCCGUUAAUGGUGCGACUCUCAGGGGCAUUCAGCUUUUUAAGUCGUUCCAAACCAAGCCCCUCGAAGUUGUAGACCGCUCGAUUUACAGUUAUGGUGUGGUCAUUAAUGAAAGUUCGGCACCGGCUGAGAUUUUUGGGCGCGGAUCGCAAUACCCAAACUUAACGUCCUAUUUAAUCCCACCACAAAGCAAUCUUAGCCACUUUUCUAUUGACUUACGUGAAGAUGAUAUGAUAUUCAAGAGCCAUAUUGUCGAUACAGACCCUAUUUCCAGCAAGUUUUCCCCUGAGAAGUGUCCCCUGGGAGUCGCAUACAAUCUGACUUUCACACUUUCACAAGGCAGAAUUUUUGACCUGGACGCGAUUGAGGCGAUUUGCGGGCAAAAUUCAGACAGUACCGACGGAAUCUUCAAAAAGCGGUUUGCUGGUGGCGAUCUUUCGAGCGAAUCGCCAAACGAAGAUGGUGAACCAGUUGAUUCAGGUGUGGAUAGAGUCAAAAAACUUAAAACCAAAGCAAUCUUCCCUAAGGUUGCUCCUAUGAGUACCUCGGAGCGUUUGACAAUUAAAAAACAUAUGGAAACAAUGAGUCAAAAGGAUGCACAAAGACUAAAAAUAGAGGAACUGGUAAACACGUUGGAAAGCACUCUUUAUGACACUAGAGCAUACUUAGAAAAUGAGAACGUUUCCAGUGAGGGCCCGUCAGAGACUUUAGAGACGUUGAGUAAUUUGGUUGGUGAAUAUUUGGACUGGCUUGACUAUGAGGCGGACGAUGCAUCAAUUGAAAUUUUGGACAGGAAAAUCAAAACGAUUGUUGAAUUGAGAGAGCGAGUGGUUCUAUACCUGAGCUCAUCUGGAGAACCACUUGACUAUGAUCAAUUUUUGCAACUUUAUGGUACUGGCCUGGACUUGAUAAAAUCAUUUGAGAACAGCCAGCAGGUUGAAAAUACUACCCUCGAAGCCUUGCGUGACAGUUUCAGUGAUGUUGAGUUAGAUGUGGUUAAAGAAUUUAAGAAAAUCAAAGCUCCUCGCCACUUAGCUCUACCUGCAUACAAGCUGAAAGAAGCUAAAGAAAGCAUGGAAAAAAUAAUUGCUAGUAUAAAUGCCAUACUAGACCCCUCUCUCAUGAGUAUUUCACCUCGUGAGAAUUUGGUUUCGUUAAAACUACAAUUUGACGAUGCCUUCAGUGAUCUCAAGAAAUAUUGGGAGAUCGAUGAAGGAAUUCAGAAGUUCAGAUUAAACGAGCUGUCCUCACUUUAUAGCAGACGUCUGAGAGUGAUAAAAAAACGGGAGGAGCGCAAGAAAAGCCAAGAAAUGACCUCACUUCAAGAUUCUAACUUCACUUCCGGUACUGACAAUCAGAUGUCUUCGACCAGCUCCAAUCCUCAGGAGUCAUCUAGUACCACUCUCCUUGAGCAUGAUGAAUUGUAA